GAUGGACCCGCCCCCUGCUCGGGUCUCUGUGGAGCCGCGGACGCGCCGGCUUUGAGCAUCCCUGGCCAGCCAGGCGGGAGGCCCUGGAGCUCUGGCUCCGGAGGCAGCGGCUCGGCCCGCCCUCGACAUGGCCAGCUCUGGAGAGGACACGUGCGAUGACAGCGACGCGCCCCCCGCGGCGGCCCCGGUGGCAGCCAGCGCCCACCUGCUGGGCUUCUCCGACGAGAUCCUCCUGCACAUCCUGAGUCACGUACCCAGCACGGACCUGGUGCUGAAUGUCCGGCGCACCUGCCGGAAGCUCGCGGCGCUGUGCCUGGACAAGAGCCUCACCCACACGGUGCUGCUGCAGAAGGACUAUGAGGCCAGCGAGGACAAGGUGAAGCAGCUGGUGAAGGAGAUCGGCCGGGACAUGCAGCAGCUCAGCAUGGCCGGCUGCUAUUGGCUGUCGGGCGCCACGGUGGAGCACGUGGCCCGCUGCCGCGGGCUGGUGCGCGUCAACCUGUCGGGCUGCCCGCUGACCUCCCUGCGCCUCUCCAAGGUGCUGUCGGCCCUGCCGCACCUGCGCUCCCUGGCCAUCGACGUGAGCCCCGGCUUCGACGCCAGCCAGCUGAGCAGCGAGUGCAAGGCCACGCUGAGCCGCGUGCGGGAGCUCAAGCAGACGCUGUACACGCCCUCGUACGGCGUGGUGCCCUGCUGCACCAGCCUCGAGAAGCUGCUGCUCUACUUCGAGAUCCUGGACCGCACGCGGGAGGGCGCCGUGCUCUCGGGCCAGCUCAUGGUGGGCCAGAGCAACGUGCCGCACUACCAGCACCUGCGCGUCUUCUACGCCCGCCUGGCCCCCGGCUACAUCAACCAGGAGGUGGUGCGCCUCUACCUGGCCGUGCUCAGCGACCGCACUCCCGAGAACCUGCACGCCUUCCUCAUCUCCGUGCCCGGCAGCUUCGCCGAGAGCGGGGCCACCCGGAACCUGCUGGAGUCCAUGGCCCGCAACGUGGCGCUGGACGCCCUGCAGCUGCCCAAGUCCUGGCUUAACGGCUCGGCCCUGCUGCAGCACAUGAAAUUCAGCAGCCCCUUCUACUUCAGCUUCAGCCGCUGCGCCCUGUCCGGCGGGCAUCUCCUGCAGCGCGUCAUCGACGGCGGCAGGGACCUCCGGAGCCUGGCCGGCCUGAACCUCAGCGGCUGCGCGCACUGCCUGGCACCUGACUGCCUGCUCCGCAAGGCGGAGGACGACAUCGACCCCGCCAUCCUGGAGGCGCUGGUGGCGGCCUGCCCCAACCUGCGGCACCUCAACCUGUCGGCCGCCCACCACCACAGCCCCGAGGGCCCGGGCCAGCACCUGUGCCAGCUGCUGGCCCGGCUGCCCCGCCUGCGCUCCCUGUCGCUGCCCGUCUGCGCCGUGGCCGACUCCCCGCCGCGGGCCGACCGCGCGCCCGUCCCGCCCGCCAUGCGUGCGGUGCCCCGGGGCUUCGGCAAGAAGGUCCGCAUCGGCGUGCCGUCUGUCUCCUUCCCCGGGCCGGCAGGCCCCGAGCCGUCCUCGGUAUUCUGGUCGCUGCUGAAGAACGUGCCCUUCCUGGACCGCCUCGAGCUGAUCGGCUCCAACUUCUCAUCUGCCAUGCCGCGCAAUGAGCCCGCCAUCCGCAACUCCCUGCCGCCCUGCAGCCGGGCGCAGAGCGUUGGGGACGCGGAGGUGGCCGCCAUCAGCCAGCUGGCCUUCCUGAGGCACCUGACGCUGGCCCAGCUGCCCAGCAUCCUGACGGGCUCGGGGCUGGUGAGCAUCGGCCUGCAGUGCCAGCAGCUGCAGUCGCUCUCGCUUGCCCACCUGGGCCUGAUGGGCAACGUGGUCUACAUGUCUGGCCUCUCAGACAUGCUGAAGCACUGCAAGCGGCUGAAGGACCUCAGGCUGGAGCAGCCCUACUUCAGCGCCAACGCCCAGUUCUUCCAGGCGCUGAGCCAGUGCUCCACGCUGCAGCGCCUCUGCCUGGUGUCGCGCAGCGGGACCCUGCAGCCCGAGGCCGUGCUGGCCUUCAUGGCGCGCUGCCUGCGUGUGGUGGUGUGCCACCUGUUCACCGGCGAGUCCCUGGGCACCUGCCGCAGCCUGCAGCAGGCCCUCCUCCGCAGUUUCCAGGCGGAGCGGCCCGCGCUGAACGUCGUCAUCUUCCCCCUGCUCCACGAGGGCCUGACCGACGUGAUCCGGGACGUGCCCAUGGUGCACCUGGACGAGGUCACUUUAUUUAAAAGCAGAGUGGCCGAGGAGCCCCCCAACCUGUGGUGGUGAUGGGGUGGGCGCCCGCCCGCCUGCCGCCGCCUGCCGCCACGGACACACAACCUGGACGGGCGCGUGGCCUCCCCCUCAGCCACGGCUGCUGCCCCUGCCCGCCUGCCCAGGCCCGCAUCCCCAGGGGUCCCGGGGGAAGGAAGCCACCUCCGGGGCUGUCUCGUGCACCCACCCGGCCCCUGGGCGUUUCCUCUCGUGAGGACUCUGGGUUCAGCGCCCCUCGGCUGAGAUGGGGAGGAGGGAGGCGAGGGCGGCUGGCCGGUGACCUGGGGACCCGGCUGGGGUGCCUCCCGGCUGCGGACCCGCUGGGAGCCAGGUCCCCAGAGCCCCACAUGGCCCCAGUGCCCCCGCCCGGGAGUGUCCUUGACUCUGCGCUGCUGGUCGGUGGCCUCCAGGCUCUGGGGAGGGGCGAGGGGAGCUCGGGGGGUGGGAGACUGCAGUUUGGGCCUCCCUUCUUCCUCUUAACCCAGAAUCCGCUUCCUUUCCAGCCAGACGGCAUCAGGCAGGUUCAGGCCAGCGGCAGGUGGCCAGGUGUCCCUCGCUGCACGCGGUCAUAGCCGCCGGCUCUGGAAGCUGCAGGUCCCUGUUUCUGGGGAAAUGUAGGCAGACCUGCUUCGUUAGAAAAACUUGAAAGAUUAAAACCCAGAAAGGAUGUGUGAGGCCAGAGGAGCGAUCCCAUUACCCCGUUUCAGAGAGCUGUAUUUAGCACUUUAAAAAAUGGCACCGCAGCUAUUCCCAAAACGAGGGGCAGCCUCCCCGAGUCCCAGCCUCACACCCUGGGGUCACCGGGUGCCUCUGCCUUGUCACUGCGAGACUCUCCCCAGAGCCAUCACCCCCACGGCUGGUGGGCUUCCGGGGGCGCCGGUUGGGUCCCUGCACCCAGAGUCUGGCCCCGACACCCCUGGUGACGUUCCUGGAGAUGUCCCGGGAAGGCUGGGCGGCGUCAGGGGGCCUUCCAGCCGGGGGCCCCUGGGUCUCCGAGAGGCUGCCUCCCCAGGGCCCAGGGCUGGCCUCUGCCCCUCCGGGCUGGGCGUGCAGGCUGCCAGGCCCGCCUCACCGCUGCUGCCCCCCGUGCCUGCUGUCUGCUCCGUGGCCCCCAGCCUCGCUGGCUUCCUGCUCUGUUGCACAUGCUGGUUGCCACCCCGUUGCGUGUUGCCUGUCCUGUCGUUUGCCUGUUGAAGGAACCUGGACCCUGAGCCCACAUUCGCCUGCCCUCCUGGGGUCCUCCCGGGGGCAGACAGUUCAGCAGCCCUCCCCCCGCCAGGCCCAGGGGGUCAGGAGGCCUUCGGAUGGCAGGAGCGUGCCUAGGGUCAGGGUCCCGGGCGCACCCAGGCCCCCAGCCCUCCAGUCAGUGCUUCCUAAGCGCCAUCUGUCUGGCGGCCUCCUCCCCCCCCGCAGCCCUGGCCCUGCUCUCGCCUUACUGCAUCGGGCGGACGGUGUGUUUGCACGUGGAGCUGGGCUCCUCCCCCACCCCGUGGCUUUCCUGCCGUGGGUGCCAUUGUCUCCUCUGGAGCGUGCGGUGCCCCCCUCCCUCCCCAGCUGCCGGGAGGGACCGGCGUGCCAGCUGCUCCAGGGGAAUGCCCUGUGGUGGGGCCCUCACCCCACGGGCCUGGCCGGCUCCUCUGGUUCCCCGCAGGCUGCCAGCCAGGCUGCCCUGGGCCCCAGAGAGACAGGGCCACACACUGUGGACAAGGGUCUGAGAGGCGGUGGGAUCCUCCCCCCAUGUGUUUCUGGGCAUUUCUGUCGGAUGCACCUAGAGACCACCCGGAGGGCCAUCAGGAAGGUGGUGUGGGGACUGACCGCUUCCCUCACGGCAGGGCUGUGGCCAGUUUCGGCCUGACCAGCCGGGGAACUCAACCCAGGAUGGGGGCAGGAGGCCCCGGGGCCCUGGUACACGUGUCUUUUCAUACAGAGCAGCUGGGCUCAGGCCAGAGAGUGACCUUCCCACUGGGACCUUCCCCGCAGGUGGCCGUGGUUCUCACGAGCAAGCGCUUUCAACCAGCCGCCUUGUCUAUGUCAGCCAACAGGGCUGGGUGGGGCUGUUCACGGGAGGCUGGGGCGUGAGCUGCCUUGGAAAGCAGCCCCCUAAGAGGGGGCUUGUGUUUUUACUGUCCCCCUGACCACCCUUUACUUAGAGCAAGAAUUUCCCCUACUCCUGCAACCGAGACAGGACUUGCCAGAUGUCAAUAAUGUGCUUAUUCUCACUAAGUGCUAUUUUGGCACCGUUGUUAAUUGCAAUUUAUAUUCUGCAGCAUUUUUAUGCUGGGAAAAGAACCCACCCUGAUGGUCCCCAAUUGGCGGAUCUGGGCUGUUAAGAGGUGGACCAUAUGCUGCCUGCGGAGAGGGGCCUGGUCAGCACUGGGGCCUGCGCGUGCAUGCGUGUGUGUGUGUAUGUACGCGUGAGUGCGUGUGCAUGGAGUGUGUGUGUCCAUCUGUGUGCCUGCAUGUGUGAGUGUAAUCUGCCGUGUAAGGGUUCUGUUCGUGGUGUGCACACGAGUGUGGGUACACACGUCUGCAUGGUGUGUGCGUGAGACAGACACCGGGGAGCUGGGAAUGAGGGAGGAGGAGACCCUGACGUUUCUCCCAUUGUUAACGAGAGACCCCAACUGGCCUCCCAGAGCCGCCCCUCCGCCGGUGCCCCGCCCUCAGCCCCGGGGCCCGAGGCCCCGCCCUCAGCCCCGAGGCCCCGCCUGCUCCUGGGACUGGGCUCUGCUAAGUUCGUUCCCCCAGGCAGCACGGCCACGGGCCGAAGGUGCUUGCGAUCCCGGAGGCUUGUUGGCUGCCUUUCGAGGACCCGGGAAGACAGGUCCGAGGGUCCCUUCUCCAGGUCUCCAAGGGCGUGUCCGCUCGAGUCUGGGGCCGAGGCGCCCUCCUCUGGCGGCUCUGCAAGGCUGGGCGCUCGAGGUGAUGCUCCUUUGACCCCCGCCGCGCCCCACCCUGAGGCGGGGUCCGGAGACCCAGGGGCGGAAGCUUGGCAGAGACCUGGCCUGGGGAGGAGGGGCCAGGGUGCCCGGGUCUCUGCUGCCCGGAGGGCCACCCAGCGGUCACAACUUCAUUGCCCCGGUGGUCUCCCGGUGCACGGCCAGGAUGGUGGCGGGUCGCAGCGCGUACCCCUCCAACCCGCCCAGCCUGGCAGCGGGGGACCUGCCGGGAUGGGUCCUCCCUCCCGCCCUCCUCUGAGCAGCACCACUCAACCGUCUGCUUCCUCUGGGCCUCCCUGUCGCGUUAAGAUCUGAAAAGCCCUGAGACCUUGGAAAAAGGGAGAUGGGCGGGUGAGGAUACCAGAGUGUGGCCCCUGCUGAGGGAGACGUGGACACAGACUCCUGUGGUCCUCGUGGCCUUGGCCUUGGGCCCCCUCCCCGCUGACAGGAGAGGGACGGGGAAGCCCCUCCCCGUGCGGAGGGGCUCAGGGCACAGGAUUCUGACGACCAGUGUCUCUGGUCCGCGGGGUGUGAUGAGCAAACACCCACAGAAACUCGCACAAACCCCAGGUCCCACACAGGCUGACCAGCAUCAUCUGAAUUACUUUCUGAAGUUUUUUUCAAAAAACCCUUAAGUAUGAGGUCUUGCAUUGAUAGCACAGGGUUGGGACACUGGCAGUAGCAAUCCAGGCCAGCGGCACCCAGAGGCUGCCCCGCGGUGUCCACUGGCUGAGCGAGGGGGUGGGCGGCGGGGGUGGGCAGAGGGGUGUGUGCCGGCGUGUGCUUUUGCCCGUGUGCCGUGGCACGUGACACCCCACGGCCGCCGGUUGCCUCCAGCCACUCUGACUACUGCCCGCCCGCCCACCUGCCCCUGCCCCUCCGACCAGAGAGUCCCGCUCAGCACGGGCUCAGUCGUGAGGGGUGGGGCGGGGGGUGCCAGGCUGUCUCUCGACCGUGUGUGUGUGUGACCAGGUGCUAAGUGACCGAAUUCGCGUCACCUGCCUUUCGAUGACAGACCUCCUUGUCCUUUGGCGAAGCUGCUCCUGAAUUUUGUGUUCCAACUUACAUUUCAAAUGGGUAUUUUCAUGUAAAUUUGUGGCAUGUCAGAAGUUUCAAAUAAAGUGGACUUACUUGAUUUAGCAAAA